CGCCACUUCUCAUUGCUUUAGUAAACCAUUUAAAACCACGCUGUCAACAGUUAUAGAACCUGGAAUUAGAACCUCCCGCUGUUCUACUGAAGAUCAACUUUCACUUAUCCACUGAUGCCUCAUUUUAAUUCCCAGUUCCAAAAAACAACAGAGACUUUGAAGUGAUUGUACAGAAACAAGUGUGUUUGAUUUGCCUGAAAUAAUCAGUCAGAGCGCUUGGGUUCCCACCCACAAGGUAAUUCGUGUUUGGCAAGGUAUUUGAAUUGGGUCACUGCCAUACCCACAGCUUAUAACUGUGAACAACAUUACAGUACAAGACUCAUCUGUGUCUGGAACUGCAACAGCUACUGUACACAACUCCUCUGGGGAGCAUUGCUAGACGAGGUCCCAGGGAAGUGUUGAAGAAAGAGAACGCAACGUCAAGAAGAUUACCCAGCGUGCCGUGGUCUUCAGCUGUGACCCACAAAACAGAAUAAUGGUUAUUCUAAAAUCAACGGGAGAGCUACAGAGCACUGUUCAUGACAAUACCUCUGUGUUCCUGUACUUCUUCCUUUUCAAAGCAGGGCUAAACUGCUUGGUGAUGACAAUCAGCCAUAGGAGCAUGCGUAGAUCCUUGAUGGGCUUCUUUGGCAUCUCCCUCUUCCUGGCUGACCUGAUGUUCCUCUGCUUUUUGGCAGCCAUGAAGUUCAGAAGCAGCCUAUUCGAUUCCCUGUGCUCUAUCCUGUCCUACUUUUCCAGUGCCUACACCAAGCUGCCUCUGCCCAUUGUCAUUCUAGGGGGCAUCGACCAUUUUGUGAACCUGUCUCGCAGUGGCCUCCCAGUGUCUCGCAGCCGGGUAUUCCUGUAUAGUGUGGAAGUUCUGAUGGUUUGGGCGUUAGCCAUAUUCGACUCUAUGCAUACUAUCAUCAUUGAAAUUCAGAAGAUGGAUCUCCCCAAUAACCAGAGCGCCUUUAUAUGCCCAAUCUACAGCUCCAAUACAGUCAACUUGUUCUGUGCGUCGGUGCUCAUCUUCACAUGCUGCUUGGUUGCCCUCUGUUGUAAACAACUGCUGCUCUUUCAGAGGAUCUUCCAAGCCAAGGACCAGGAUAAGAAAUCACGGGCUGAACCGCUGCAAAGCGAUUUGCCCUUUCGCUACAGCAAGCUUUCUGAUCAGGAAGAGGACAUGGAGGCCCUACUGAAUCAGCAGCAGCAGCCACGCAGCAAGACCAUGAUGCUUCUCCUCAGCAUCAACAUGGACUUCUUGGUGAAUUGGGGAGUCUUCCUGGUGGGGAGCACCAUCACCAUAUUCUGCAACCUAGCUGCUCCUUCCUACAUGAGCAUCAAUCUUCUGUGGCUCUUCUGUGCCAACAGCUUCCUGGUCGGUCUGGUCUACUGGAUACAGGCUGACAGGGUGGGGCCUCUCAAUGACUUCCCUGAUGACAUCUGUAAAUGGAACUUCUACUGGCUAAUCAACAGACAAGCUUCUACUCUACAGGAAAAGGUGUCCCAUAGUAUCUAUACCUUAUCUGACAAGAUGCAUAAAAACCCCUCUCUAGUCUAAAACCAGCACAAUUCCGCAAUACACUGAA